AUGCCUGACCAGGAGCAGAUGUACUUUAAUACUAUUUCUAAUUUUAUGACUGACUCAUACAUUCGAUACAAAUUUGAGCACUAUUUAAAAGUAAUGGAACUACUGGGACUUUAGUGCAGUCACUUGCUAAAAAGUGAUAUCAUAAAUUCCUUAAAAAAUAAGAACUUUGACCUUGUUAUUAUAGAACUUUUUGACUAUUGUCCUCUCCUGGUGACUGAGAAGCUUGGAAAACCAUUUGUGGUCAUUCUUCACACCUUCAGCUUUGCAGAGUUGAGGCUACCAAGCUCUGUAUCUUACAUACCUGCACUAAAUUUUUUUCUAAUUGACCAGAUGGACUUCUAGGGCAGAGUAAAGAAUGUUCUGAUGUUCUCUGAUUUCUUUCAGGCACAAUGGAAAGUUCAUUCUUUAUUUGAUAAUACCAUCAAGGAGCAUUUUCCAGAAAGCCCCAAGCCAGUUUUGACUAAUGUUCUAAAGAAAGCAGAACUGUGUUUUUUUGUUUUUUUUUUUUUUAACUCUGAUUUGGCCUUUGAAUUUUCUUGGCUCCUGUUCCCCAACACUGUGUAUAUUGGAUGCAUAAUGGCCAAAGCUGUAAAGCCAGUACCACCAGAAUUUGAGGAUUUCAUAAAUGACUUUAAACAUAGCUUUGUUCUUGUGGCCUUGGGUUCCAUGGUGAGCAAAUUUCAAUCACAGGAACUUUACAGAGAAAUGAACGAUGCUUUUGUUCAUCUUCCUCAAGGUGUGAUAUGGAGAUGCAAGUGCUCUCAUUUUCCUAAAGAUGUGAAAUUGGCAGCAAAUGUAGAAAUUGUGAAUUGGAUUCCUCAGACUGAUCUUCUGGCUCACCCUCAAAUCCAUCUUUUUGUCAUCCACGGUGGAUUAAAUAGUAUAAUGGAGGCCAUCCAACAUGGUGUGCCCAUGGUGGGCAUUCCUCUCUUUGGAGACUGAUCUGAAAACCUCCUAUGAGUAAAAAUUAAAAAACUUGGUAUCUCUAUCCUGCUAAUGCAGAUCAAGGAAGAGACAUUAGCUUUGAAGUUGAAACAAGUCAUAGAAGAUAAAAGGUUCAAAUUAGCAGCAGAGGCUAUUAGCAUCAUUAGGCGUUUCCAGCCUCUGACCCCUACACAGAGGCUGGUGGGCUGUAUUGACCACAUACUCUAGAUAGGGGGUUCAGCCCACCUCAAGCCCUAUUCCUUACAGCAGCCGUGACACCAACAGUAUCUGCUUGACAUUCUCUUGUUUGUGCUGACAAUAACCCUGCACAUGCUGUACCUCUGUAUGAAGCUGGUUCACACGGUGACUUGGUUGCUGUUCAGGGACAGGAAGCUGAAGGAGGUCUGA